AUGGGCCCAAACGUGGGCAACGGCGCGGGUGGAAUGGAGACGAGUAUGGGCAUGGGCAUGGGCGUUCAUCCAAGCGGGCCAAAUCAACCCCAGGCGACCGAGUAUACGCUGCAAGGCGUCAUGCGGUUCUUGCAGACGGAAUGGCAUCGACACGAGCGGGACAGAAACGCCUGGGAAAUUGAGAAGCAGGAGAUGCGAGGGAGGAUAGCCCACCUCGAGGGCCAAGCACGGAGAGCAGAUGCUACUCAGAAAGCACUCAAGAAAUAUGUCAAGAUUCUCGAACAAAAGGUCAAGGACCAGGCGGCUCAGCUCAAGGGCACUGCGGCUACGGACGCUGUUGAGGCGGCAAAAUAUGAUCGCGCUGCCAAAAUUCAAGAAAAGCUUCGAAUUUCGUCGGAUAAAUACAGCGUACCAGGCGUCGAGGGCGUCGAGGUCGGGAGGCCCGACGACGACGCGCAAAGACACGAGCUCAAGACGUUCCUCGAUCAAUGUCAAUCCGAAUUCAUGUACUUGAUGAUCACGCCAGCCAAUUCUCAACCCCCUCGCGACUCACCGCCGCUCCCGAUGAUUGAGGACUUGCGCGAAGUUGAACAUUUUGGGAUGCCACCACCCCAACACAUGGACCGACAGUACCAGAUGCAACGACAGAAUCCAAACCACGUUCAGGACUUCAACGUUAUGAAUGCCAGACCGCAGCCCUCCCAGGAUACGUCGCAUGUGCAGCAGCCCUCCGCCAACUUCGCUCCGAAGCAGGAGCUACAACCUCAGCCAAUGCUACGAUCUGCCGGCGAUAAUCAGCAGGGCAUGUGCGGGACACCAAGCGAUUGGUCAUCGGUCCCCGUGUCUGUGACGACCCGUCCCGUCGAGGAAAAUGCGCCACGCCCCAACCACGACGCCGAGGCGAUGGGUGGUGUCCACGACGCGACCGAGUCGAGAGAGAAAGGUGCGCCAAACGCUGAUCCCGAUGGUUGGGACUUUCCGGAAGGUACCUUUCCAGAACCUGGCGCCGUUGCACAGAAUUCCCAGUCUUUGACGAAUCGCCCCGACACGGACGUGUUCCCCAAUGCCGAUUAUCUGCCCAAGUCGCCCAACCGAGCGCCUGGCGGUGGACAUCGAAGAAAGGGCUCAAUGUCCAGAAGACGUAGCGGCGAGCACGAGUUGGGACUCGGGUCUAGCCAAAAGUCGGACAGUGCCAACUUCAAACUACGCUUUGGAUUACGGGGUCAUCUGGAUACCGUCCGCACCGUCAUCUUCUCCGGUGGUGGUAGCCCAGGAGAGCCUGAGAUUUGCACAGCUGGUGACGACGGCAUGAUUAAGCGAUUCCACAUUCCCAGACUCGACCAGCCUGGCCACUUCUCUGGAGGUGCUUCAGAUCUGGACGUAAUCGCAAACUUCACACAUCGUGGUCACUCUGGUUCCGUCCUGAGUUUGACAUCGUGGUCGCCUGCUCCCAGCUUUUCAACUGGUGGUCGCGCGCAAGGAGACGGAUGGAUCUUUUCCGGCGGGCAAGAUGCGACGAUUCGUGUAUGGGAGCGCGGGCGAGUCGACCCCAAGGCAACUCUUGAAGGUCACACAGAUGCUGUCUGGGCUCUGUGCGUCUUGCCCACCACACUAGGUGCAAUAUUCGGCACGUCAAGUCCCUACGGAAACGCAGAUCGCAUACUGCUCGUUUCUGGAGCCGCAGACGGAUCAGUCCGCAUCUGGUCGGUAAGCGCUCCGCCGCAGCUGAGCUCGCCGCAGCCAGGCUCGAAUCGGGCCAUGAGCGGCCGCGGCGGCAGAGUCCGUGGCAACUCGAUGAGCUCUGGCAGCGGCUUCUCCAACUCGCCCCAGGCGAGCGUCGCAUCCACCUCGCCCUUCCACCACACACUGGUUCACGUCAUCUCACGCGGAGAUGGCUCCAGGAGCAGUCCUACCUGCAUCACGCCGCUGGGCACGUCUGGCGAAACGUUUGUGGUGUCAUACUCGGACGCGGCCGUCAUUGUUUACGACACCAAGUCCGGCGAGCAGGUCGGGUCGAUGGACAGUAUGGAAACGUACGAUGGGUCAAUCAAGACGGGCGUCAACGCGAUUGCGGCCACAACGAUUGGCCUGGACCAGGGCAAUCAGCACCAUGGCAGCAGCCUGGGCGGCGAGGAGGAGAACGCGGCUGGCGGGCCGACAGGCGGGCGGUCCAUGGCAGGCUCCGGCGUGGAGGGCACCAUCAUUUCGGGGCACGAAGAUCGAUUCGUGCGCUUCUUCGACGCCAACAGCGGCCAAUGCACGUACAACAUGUUGGCUCAUCCCGACGCCAUCUCCGGCCUGUCACUCAGCCCCGACGGCCGUGAACUCGUAAGCGCCGGCCACGACGCUUCGUUGCGGUUCUGGAGCCUGGAGAAGAGGUCGUGUACACAAGAAAUUACGAGUCACAGAGUGAUGCGCGGAGAGGGUAUUUGCUCAUGCGUAUGGAGCCAGGACGGGCGAUGGGUGGUCAGCGGCGGCGGCGACGGGGUAGUCAAGGUUUUCGCGCGAUAA